UAACGGCAUCCAUUAAAUUAAAAGGGCUUUUAAACUGGAAAUGUGAGGUCAGGGGCACCGAGGGUUCUCUCUCUCUCUUCCUCGUUCUCGAGCGAUCGAUCGAGGAGCCAUGGCGGCGAUGGCGACGACGAUGCUCCUCCAGGUACGCCCCAAUCCGGCGCUCGCCAUCACCAGCAUGAGCUCCAGCGGCGGCGGCGGUGGCGGUGGCAGCGGCGGCAGCGGCAGUGGCGGUGGCGGCGGUGGAUCGCUGGGCUGGGUCAUGGACAGGGCCUCCACGCUCCUCAACAAGAUGGGCAGCAAGAUCGUCGAGGGCGGCAGCGGCGUCCUGGCCAGGAACAAUAUGAUCAAGGGCCUCUGGGACGUUUGCGAUGCCUGCGGCGCCAUGCUUUACGCCCGAUCCGACGAUGACACCGGCAUCCCCAAUCGGAUCUGCCAUGAGUGUGGCUACCACCUCCGCCGCGGCAGCAGCGAUCGCAUCGACCUCCUGCUCGAUCCGGGCACCUGGGCGCCGCUGGACGAGGCCAUGGUGGCCAAGGACGUGCUGGGCUUCCGCGACGACGAGGACUACGCGACGCGCCUGGUGAGCUACCGCAAGCGAUCCGGGCUCACGGACGCGGUCCAGACGGGGCUGGGCGAGAUCAUGGGCACCAAGAUCGCGCUGGGCGUGAUGGAUUUCCGGUUCAUGGGCGGUAGCAUGGGCAGCGUGGUGGGCGAGAAGAUCACGCGCCUGGUGGAGCACGCCACUCGCCUGGAGCUCCCGCUCGUGAUCGUGUGCUCCAGCGGCGGCGCGAGGAUGCAAGAGGGCACGCUCAGCCUCAUGCAGAUGGCCAAGGUCUCGGCGGCGCUGGACGUCCACCAGAUCCAAAAGGGUCUGCUCUACAUCCCGAUUCUCACGAAUCCCACCACGGGUGGGAUCACCGCGAGCUUUGGGAUGCUGGGCGACAUCGCCAUGGCCGAGCCCAUGGCCUACAUCGCGUUCGCGGGCGGGCGCGUGAUCCAGCAGACGCUGCGCAAGAAAUUGCCCGAGAACUUCCAGACCGCCGAGUACUGUUUCGAGCAUGGGCUGGUGGAUCUGAUCGUGCCCGGGAGCUUGCUGCGAAGCGCGCUCAGCGACAUCUUCGAUCUCUACGCCGCCGCGCCGAUCAAGAGGAAGGCGAGCAGCGGCGGAUUCGCCCCUUGCUAGGGAGAAUUCGCAGGCGCUUGCGAUUACUCCCAAGUUUUUGGAUCUUUCCAUCCUAUCUAAGCCUUCUUCCACCGCUCGAUUAAUUA